UAGUUUAGGGGCCAAAUUUGCUUUUGCUGUUUUAUCCCGUUAAUUAAUUAACGUUCUAAGAUUUUGGGUUUCAUUUCCCCGCCGUCCCUCAAUCAUCUUCUCUUCUCAAUCAGCUGCUGUGAUCCGCAAAAUUUUGUCACUGAAGUCUGCAAAGGAGCUGGGUUUAUGGGAGCCUCUGAGCAGUGAGCAUAGCCAUUUCUAGCUUCUCUUCUCUUAUUGAAAUGAUGUUCAUUCGCCUUCAAACUGCUCAGAAGAUCCCACCAAUUUUUCUCUCCUCCAAAUUGAUUCCAACUCAAGUCAGGGCUUUUCCGCUUCAAGCUCUCUACUCCACGCACAUUGUGGGCGAUCAGCCCAUUCUCGUUCGGGAUUUUAUUCAUUCUGCCUUGUACCAUCCAAUACAUGGUUAUUUCUCCCAUAGAUCACGUUCUGUUGGAGUUCUUGAGAACAGCAUUAAAUUUAAUCAGCUUGAAGGCCGAACAGGUUACAUGAGAUGCUUAGAUAAUAUUUACAAGCAGAGUGAUGUAUCAUGGUUUACACCAGUUGAGAUUUUUAAGCCUUGGUAUGCUCAUGCAAUUGCUGAAGCCAUCAUGCGCACUGCAAACUUCUCAGUUCCUCUAAAAAUAUAUGAAAUUGGUGGAGGAUCUGGAACUUGUGCCAAGGGUAUACUGGAUUACAUUAUGUUGAAUGCUCCUUCGAAAGUGUAUAACAGUAUGACUUACACCUCAGUUGAGAUCAGUCCCUCACUUGCUGAGGUGCAAAGAGAAACUGUUGGUCAAGUGCAAAGUCACAUAUCAAAGUUCAGAGUAGAAUAUCGUGAUGCUGCUGACCAGACUGGAUGGGGAGAUGUGGAGCAACAACCAUGUUGGGUGAUAAUGCUUGAGGUACUUGAUAACCUUCCACAUGAUCUUAUCUAUUCUGAAAACCAAGUUUCCUCCUGGAAGGAAGUGUGGGUUGAGAGACAACAUGACAGAGAAACACUGAGUGAGUUGUACAAGCCGUUGAAAGACUCACUUAUUGCACGUUGUGUUGAGAUCAUGGAUUUGGACAAGACUUAUACAACUCAAAGCAAUGAGAGAUCUAUGGUGAAAAACAUUUGGUCUAAACUCUACCCAAAACCCCGUAGAUGUUGGCUUCCAACUGGUUGUUUGAAAUUAUUUGAAGUUCUGCACGAGAUGCUGCCAAAGAUGUCUUUAAUUGCUUCAGACUUCAGUUAUCUGCCAGAUGUGACAAUACCUGGUCAAAGAGCUCCAUUGGUUUCAACCAAAAAAGAUGGCAGAAGCUCAGAUUAUGGGAAUUAUUUAGAGGCACAGGGUGAUGCUGAUAUCUUUUUCCCUACUGACUUUUGGCUGCUGGAACGAAUUGAUCAUUAUUGUUCAGGAUGGCUUAAACCGGAGGUUGAUAAUACAUCCAAGAAAGGAAAGAAAAGGAGAACCAUCACGCUGGAAACAUCAUCUUUCAUGGAAGAGUUUGGCUUGCCCUCAAAGACGAGGACCAAGGAUGGAUACAACCCCCUCUUGGAUGACUUCAAGAAUACCAAAUUUUUCCUUAGUGUCCCAACACACAAUAUUAAGUAGACAGAAAGAACAAAUUCUUUUCAUUCAAAGGGAUGUCCCUGGGAAUUCAAUUGAGCAUGAGCAGAUUUUUCUUCUUCGAGAAGUUAAUGAGCACCAUCAGCUUUCAAAAUUUUAUUGAGUGGCGUAAACAAAUUUUGGCAGAAGGGUGUUGCUAUUAGAUCACACCUUUUUUCCUUUUUUCUUUUUCUUUCUCCCCAAAUGUAUCAAAGACGGUUAUUUUUGUGAUGUCAGAGAAUUCUGACUCCCUUGUC